GAGCACUCUGUCAGCAGAAGGAGAAGAAGCAGGAGACGACGAGGCGAGCCGGGCGAGCAAGACUGAAACUAAAGUUGCAAGCUCAGCCUCAUGCUUCGACCAGGGGCGCGUCGCCUCCUCCUGCCCGUUGUCCAGCAAACUGUGACACUUUAAGCAGCUUCAUAUUUGAGUCAGCAAGUACGAAGAAGCCAAGUUAUGGAGCUUUACUGCUUGGAGUCGUACGUGGAGGUGAAAGCCCCGAUGGACCUCAACAUCCUCCACGACGAUCGGGUUUUGCAAAGCCUGCUGACCGUGGAGGAUCGCUUCUUGCCGCAGUGCUCCUAUUUCCAGCGGGUCCAGAAGGAUAUUAAGCCGUACAUGAGGAGAGUCGUCGCGGGUUGGAUGCUCGAGGUGUGUGAAGCUGAAAAUAGUGAAGAGGACAUCUUUCCGCUGGCCAUCAAUUACUUGGACAGAUUCCUUGCUGUGAUGCCCACCAGGAAGAACUAUCUGCAGCUGCUGGCGGCCGUGUGCAUGUUCCUGGCGUCCAAACUGAAGGAUAGCAGGCCCAUGUCCGCCGAGAAGCUGUGCAUGUACACCGACAACUCCAUCUCGCCACCGGAGCUGCUGGACUGGGAGGUUGUGGUGCUGGGCAAGUUGAGGUGGAACAUGGCGGCCGUCAUCCCCAACGACUUUCUGGAGCUCAUCAUGCGUCGGCUUCCCCUCCCCGAAGACAAAGUGCCCAUGAUCCGCAAGCACACGCAGACCUUCAUCGCCUUGUGCGCUACAGAUGACGGUCUGGCGAUGAACCCCCCCUCCAUGAUCGCCAGCGGCAGCAUGGGGGCCGCCGUCUGCGGCCUACAUCUGGACCACAAGGACAAGAGGCUAACGAGAGACAACCUGACCGAACUGCUGGCCAAGAUCACCAGCACAGAAGUGGAUUGUUUGCGCGCCUGCCAGGAGCAGAUCGAGCGCGUCCUGGCCGCCAGCCUGCAGCAAGAAAACCGCGCGGGCAGCGCAAACGCCAGCAGCAAAUCCCGAGAGCAGCAGCAGGACCAGUCCAGCACCCCAACUGACGUGCGUGAUGUCAACUUAUGAAGCGCCCUUCCACAAACGGCGACAAUCCGACAAUCCGACAAUGUCUGGCAGUUAAGAAAGUCCCGGUUUUAUCCUCCUUUUUGGUUCGUUAGCCCUUGGAACGGUUUUUGUACGUGCCGCAGUUAAUCAAAUAAGGUAUUUAAGGUUGUUGAAACUUGAUAGUGCCUUAGGUUUACGCCACCCCCCCCCCCCCCCCUCACCUGAACGGAAGCCUGAAUAUAUUUUCAUACUUGAAGAGAAAUAGCUUAAUAAAUAUAUUCUUUUGUACAUUUAGCGAAUAUUUAGUUACUCUUUUAGCAUCUUUGCAGUUAUUCAGUUUAACCGAGGGUGGGUGUUAUGCUAGUUGUUGGCAUUAGCCGCUAGCCGUGUUGGCUGACACCUGUCGUGCUGCCAGGGGGGGUGGGUACAAGCGGAAGGGAGGAGUGGGCUGGGCCCGCUCGUACGGGAAGUGGCGAGGAUGGCGAAAGGCGAUGACGAGUGGGGGGUUUGGCGGAGGUUGCGAGCGAGCGAGCAGGACAGACGCAGGUGUUGCCAAGUUAGCGGGAAUAUAAGCUAAGUUCUCUCAGGCUGGCCGGCGGGGGCUCAGGAGGUUCCGAGAUGCUGUUCGAGUGAGCGAUAAGUUUGGGAGGGCGUGACAGAAAAACAUUGUUGAUGCACUUUGUGAAAAAGAAGACACCUGGUCACGGACGGAGCAAUCGUUUUGGUUCAUAGGGUCUUUUUUUUUACACCCCCCCCCUCCCCUUUAUAACUUAUUUAGGGUUUUUGUUUUUUGGGCUGGAUUCCCACACGGGGUGAUGAAAGCUGGUGAUUAAAUUGACAUUGACCAACAAAAGAUGUUGUGUAGACUGUUGUUUUCCCGCGCGUGUUGUAUUUAAUCGUACUUGAAUCGUCAUAGCCAAAGCUUCCUUUUCCAGUUAUCCUGAAGCUGAAUAAAGUUUUUGUAUUGGACUCUUGCAAGUUUGCCGUUUGUGCGCGUACGUGCGUGUUUUGGGGUUUCACAGUGUGAAAGUUAAGCGUGUACAUCCAAGUAAGAACCAAGGUGGUCUUCCCAAGAGACUCAUUCAUUUUGUGUCCCCAUUUCCGCAAAAUGAAAUGUUUGCGUGAGAACGGGUUGAACGAGCUAAUUCCGAAAAGAAAACACAAGUUGACGGAUGUCAUUUUCCUUUGCUGCUACCAAAAGCUUCUAUUUUUUGUGUCCUUCUCUCGUCUUAAAUUGUGAUUCACCUGUUUGCUGCUAUGAUAUGAUUUUAUUAUUGUGUAUACCUUUUAAGUCUCUAGCUUUUUUCAUAGUUAUCAUUUUUGUGAGCGUACCGGAGGGAUGGUCAGAGUUUGAUGCGGGACUGGAAGUACUCGUGUUUAUGAAAUAUUUUGUGUGUGUCAUCGGUUGUACUCUUGCUGCUUCCUUGUACUGUGUUUGUGUACCUCAGGUUAAUUUGGACAGAUCGAGCGUUACCUCAUGUCACCCCCCCCCCCCUUUCAAAUCAGAGUCCACUGUGCUUUAACUGGCUAAAGAAAAAGAAAAAAGAAGCAACAUUUCAUGUGUGUGGUGCUACUCCAAACAUGCCCUGUACUGUAUCACAAAAGAGUGAGGAGCUAGAUUCAAAAUUGUUGUUAGCAAAGCAAAGAUAUGUUUUGUUAACAGUGAAUGUAUCUCCUCAAGACCAAAGUGUGUAUUUUGGAAAUGUUUAUUUUUGACAUACUCCCCUUGAAUGUUUGUUGUGAUCCUUCCCCUUGUCCCCCCCCCCCCCACACCCACACACACAGACUGUGUACCUCAACAGUUUCUCAAUAAAUUGGCCCAAAAAGUG